UGUUUCAUCAUGUGGCUUUAAAGUUGACUUUAAAAUUACGGCCACACAAAUUAAAUUUUGGCGGUUCCCUCCAUUUGUUCAUCCAAAUUUGAAUGCAUCUGAAUCUCUUCCGCCCAUCAAUGGCCGGCCCUUCCAACCCCCAAACCCUAAACAUCUCCUCAGCUUUCACUGAAGACGAUGAUUUUCAAGACCCGUCACCUUCUCAGCUUCGUUUGCCAAAACCCACCUCAAAAAUUGCAUCGCGCAAGCCUCUCGGACCGUAUAACAGUGCCACUCCUCGUACUUUCAAGAAGCCAAAUGGCGGCAAGGAGAACUUUUUUAUUGUUGGAAAGUGUACUGAUGAUUUGGGUCAUGGAUUGGAUAGUUCUCGUCCUACCAAGAAGCCGAAACAACAGCCAGUAAGUACCGAGAAAGACUGUCUUGCCCCUGUUGUUGUUGAAAAAUCUGACGAAAAUGGGAAGAGCCUUAACCCCGUUCACCAGAAAUCGGAGUCUGAUUUUGAGGAUUUGGAUUUUGGUCAUGGGUUGGAUAACAUAGAAUCAACUAUAGAUUGUUGUUCUGGGGUCCAAAGAACGAGUAACGAGGAAGAAUUAAAGAGGGGUUACUUAUUUAAGUCGAUAGAGGCGAGGUUGCUCAAUUCGAACGGCGGGUUCGAAGAGAGGAAGGAGGAGGAGUCGAAGGAGUGCUCUGAGCUUGAUUUACUGCUCAAGUUAUGUGGUGAGGAGGAUGAAGUAGAUGGUGAUGCUUUGACAGCUGAUUUGCUUAGGCAAGAAGGGUGCUUGGGAUUAGACGAAGAUUGUGGCCUAAUUUGUUGUCCCCUUUGUGGAGCAGAUAUUUCAGAUUUGAGUGGUGAAAUGCGACUGGUUCACACUAAUGAGUGUCUUGACAAAGAGGAGACUCCAAUUGAUGUGGUUACUGCCAAUAAUGAUGUUUCUUUUCAGUGUCCUGGGCAAGUGCUUAAUGAUUCCCCAUGUCAAUCUCCUAAAGAGGUUGUCCACGUGUCACCUGUUGUUGAAUGGUUACGGAAUCUUGGACUUGCUAAAUAUGAAGAAAUCUUUGUUCGGGAGGAGAUUGAUUGGGAGACUUUAAAAUUCUUGACAGAAGAGGAUUUAUUUAGCAUUGGUGUCACUGCUCUUGGUCCUAGGAAAAAGAUCGCUAACUCUAUUUUGGAGCUAAGAAAGGAAACUCCUGAGGAAGAAGUAGCUCGACAAGCUGUUACAAAAAUUGUACCUGUUGAUGCUGGUACUAAACCAAGCAAGUUGAUAACCGAUUAUUUCAUUUCUCCUGUUUCGGAAAGAAAGAAAGCUUGUGCUACUGACAGGGAACAAACAGAGGUCGGAAGAACUUGUUCAAGUGCUUCCCGUAAGAGAAUUCAGAAGAAAAAUCCAGCCAAGAGUGCAAAAUCUAAAGAUAUUCCUGUGUGGUGUUCUAUACCAGGAACACCAUUCCGAGUGGAUGCUUUCAAGUACUUGAGAAGAGAUUGUUCUCAUUGGUUCCUCAGCCACUUCCAUUUAGAUCAUUAUCAAGGCCUCACUAAGUCCUUCUGUCAUGGAAAAAUUUAUUGUUCCUCAAUUACGGCAAAGCUUGUUAAUCUGAAGAUUGGAAUCCCAUGGGACAUGAUACAAGUUUUACCCAUCAACCAGAAGAUCAGCAUAGCAGGGAUUGAUGUCACAUGCUUUGAUGCAAACCAUUGCCCGGGUUCUCUAAUAAUCCUUUUUGAGCCACCCAAUGGUAAGGCUGUCCUGCACACGGGGGAUUUCCGAUUUUGUGAAGAAAUGACAAGGAAUUCAAUCUUGCAGACUUGUGGUGUCCACAGUCUCAUCCUAGAUACUACAUACUGUGACCCUCAGUAUGACUUUCCCAAACAGGAGGCUGUUAUUCAAUUUGUUAUUGAAUCAAUACAAGCUGAAACUUUCAACUCGAAGACCUUGUUUCUCAUUGGUAGCUAUACUAUAGGAAAAGAGAGGUUGUUUGUUGAGGUUGCUCGUGUUCUGCAGAAGAAAGUCUAUAUCACUGCAUCAAAGUUAAGCAUUUUGGAGUGUCUGGGUUUUACACAAGAAGAAAUGCAGUUUUUCACAUUAAAUGAGCAGGAAAGCCAAAUUCAUGUCGUGCCUAUGUGGACACUGGCUAGCUUCAAAAGGUUGAAGUAUGUUUCUAAUCAGUAUGCGGGUCGGUACAGUCUUAUAAUUGCUUUCUCUCCAACUGGUUGGUCAUUUGGUAAAGGAAAGAAGUCAACUGGAAGCAGGUGGCAGCAGGGUACUAUCAUCAGGUAUGAAGUACCAUACAGUGAACACAGCAGCUUUUCAGAACUCAAAGAGUUUGUUAAGUUUGUAUCUCCUGUUAACAUCAUCCCUAGUGUAAACAAUCAUGGACCUGAUUCCAGCAGCGCAAUGGUUUCACGCCUCUUGGACUGAUCUAUUCGACACCAAAUAGCAGUAAAUUCUUUGCAUCUUGCCUUGUUUUGUAAGUUGAGAUGGCAUUUGGUUACUUUUUAAUUUAGUUUAUCAUGUUAUACCAAUCUGUGUUGUAGCUUGGAUAAUGUAACUGCUGAUGUUAUGUGUAUUCUCGUGCAUGAUCUAAUAAUAGUUGGAGUAUUCAGUUCAACGGAAAAGAAAACGUAACAACAAUUAUUUCCAAACGAGUAGUUUUGGCUCAAAACUUGUUGAACUGUUAAUUUUUUUAUACUAAAUAAGCAUAAAUAAUA